CUACAAAUAAGGAAGAAUCAGCCGUUGUUCUUCCUCACUCACUCACAUUCCACAAGCCAGUUCCUGUGAAGUGAAAUCAAAUCCUGGAGGGUAAAACAUACAACAAAGUUUUGCAAUUCUAUAUCUGUUUUUAAGUUGGUCAGAUACCGGACUGAAGUACCGCAGAUGGCAAGCAUCACAGCUUCACACUUUGUGUCAAGAUCAAAUGUCCGAAGUGGAGCAACUUCAGUAGACGCCAAAGCAAACUUGUCAAAGAUAGGGCUGAGGAACCAUAGUGUGACGCACAAUGGGUUGAGGGCUGUUAACAAGGUUGACAUGCUGCAAUCAAGAACUAAAACUAAGGUAACAGCCAAGAAAUUCAGCAAACAGGGAUCCAGAACAGAGACGGAGAGGCCAUCAGGUACCAUUGUUUGUGGAAAGGGAAUGAACUUGAUCUUUGUGGGAGCUGAGGUGGGUCCCUGGAGCAAGACUGGUGGUCUAGGUGAUGUUCUUGGUGGACUACCACCAGCCCUGGCAGCCCGUGGACAUCGGGUAAUGACAGUAUCUCCCCGUUAUGACCAAUACAAAGAUGCUUGGGAUACUAGUGUUGCAGUUGAGAUCAAAGUUGGAGACAGCAUUGAAACUGUUCGUUUCUUUCACUGCUAUAAACGUGGGGUUGAUCGUGUUUUUGUUGACCAUCCAAUGUUCUUGGAGAAAGUUUGGGGCAAAACUGCUUCAAAAAUCUAUGGCCCCAAAGUUGGACAAGAUUAUGUGGACAAUGAACUUAGGUUCAGCUUCUUGUGUCAAGCAGCACUAGAGGCACCUAGAGUUCUGAAUUUGAACUGCAGCAAAUACUUCUCAGGACCAUAUGGAGAGGAUGUUCUCUUCAUUGCCAAUGAUUGGCACACAGCUCUCAUUCCCUGCUACCUGAAGUCGAUGUACCAGUCAAAAGGAAUCUAUCUGAAUGCAAAGGUCGCUUUCUGCAUCCAUAACAUUGCCUACCAAGGCCGGUUUCCUUUCUCAGACUUCUCUCUUCUCAAUCUGCCUGAUGAGUACAGGAGUUCUUUUGAUUUCAUUGAUGGAUAUGAAAAGCCUAUUGUGGGUAGGAAAAUUAACUGGAUGAAGGCUGGAAUAUUAGAAUCACAUAGGGUGGUUACUGUGAGCCCAUACUAUGCCCAAGAACUUGUUUCCGGUGUUGACAAGGGUGUUGAAUUGGAUAAUGUCCUUCGUAAGUCUUGCAUAACUGGGAUUGUGAAUGGCAUGGAUACACAAGAGUGGAACCCAGCAACUGACAAAUACACCGAUGUCAAAUAUGAUAUAACCACUGUCAUAGAUGCAAAGCCUUUACUGAAGGAGGCUCUUCAAGCAGCAGUUGGCUUGCCUGUUGACAAGAAGAUCCCUUUGAUUGGCUUCAUAGGCAGACUUGAAGAGCAGAAAGGUUCAGACAUUCUUGUCGCUGCAAUUCACAAGUUCAUCGGAUUGGAUGUUCAAAUAAUAGUCCUUGGAACUGGCAAAAAGAAGUUCGAGCAGGAGAUUGAACAACUCGAAGUGUUGUAUCCUGACAAAGCUAAAGGAGUGGCGAAAUUCAAUGUCCCUUUGGCUCACACAAUCACCGCCGGUGCUGAUUUUAUGUUGGUUCCAAGCAGAUUUGAACCUUGUGGUCUCAUUCAGUUACAUGCUAUGCGAUAUGGAACAGUGCCAAUCUGUGCGUCGACUGGUGGACUUGUUGACACUGUGAAAGAAGGCUAUACUGGAUUCCAUAUGGGAGCCUUCAACGUCGAAUGCGAUGUUGUUGACCCAGCUGAUGUGCUAAAGAUAGUAACAACAGUUGCUAGAGCUCUUGCAGUCUAUGGCACCCCCGCGUUUGCUGAGAUGAUCAAAAACUGCAUGUCAGAGGAGCUCUCCUGGAAGGAACCUGCCAAGAAAUGGGAGACAUUGCUAUUGGGCUUAGGAGCUGCUGGCAGUGAACCCGGUGUUGAAGGGGAUGAAAUCGCCCCACUUGCUAAGGAAAAUGUGGCCACUCCCUAGAUGAGCUCUUGGUUUUCCUUGUUUCAAUAAUAAGGUCAUUAAGCUAAACUAUGUAGUACCCUACAGGAUCGAUCAUCUACCAUUUUAUUGGUUUUUGCUGGCAAGCAGCAUAUCAGACUGUAAAAUCCUGGUUAACGUUUUUAAGGUGGAGUUGAGGUGGUGUGGAUCAAAGACAAUAGGAAAUAGUUACUACUAAGCAGUACAACUAAAUAGUAAUGUAGCAUAAAUAAGCAGCAGCUAACAUGUGUGAAUCCGUUGUACCUUUUCUUGCAUAAUUACUUGCAGUACAUAAUGAGAAAUUACCGAAGGAAUCAUGUUUCCUUACCACUCA